GCCAAAUUGAAUGGGCCAGCCAGGUACCCAAUGCGUUCUCCAACCGUUAUCGUUGUUGGUGCUGGCGCGGGAGGGAUAGCCACCGCCGCUCGUCUGGCUAAAAAGGGGGCCACCGUUACCGUGGUCGAAAAGCAUGAGUUUGUCGGAGGGAGAUGUUCGCUCAUUCACCGAAAUGGUUACAGAUUUGACCAAGGUCCAUCUCUUUUGUUGAUGCCAGAAGUGUUUCACCAGACUUUUGAGGAUCUCGACACAUCGCUGGAGAAGGAAAAUGUGCAAUUGAUGAAAUGCGAUACCAACUACAACAUAUGGUUUGAAGACAAGAGCUGUUUCCAAGUCUCCACGGACCUUUCCAGAAUGGGGAAGCAAAUCGAGCAUCAUGAAGGGAAACAAGGCCUUCAACAAUUUCUGGCAUUUAUGAAAGAAUCUGGGAAUCACUAUGACCUGUCCAUGGCCCAUGUCAUGUCACGGAACUUUUCUCACUUGUUCAGUAUGCUACGCCCGCAGUUUCUCAAGUCGGUGUUUACAUUGCACCCCUUUGAAAGUGUCUAUUCUCGCGCCAGCCGAUACUUCAAGUCAGAAAAAGUGCGCCGUGUCUUCACCUUUGCCAGUAUGUACCUUGGGAUGAGCCCUUUCGAUGCUCCCGGCACCUAUUCCCUACUGCAAUAUACCGAGCUGGCUCACGGCAUUGCUUAUCCUAUUGGUGGCUUCCAAAAGGUUUUAGACGCGCUGGCGAAGGUCGGACAGCGAUUGGGAGUGAAAUAUCGAUUAGGCACACCCGUCUCGUCCAUAAUCGUAUCCGGCAACGUCGCUCGUGGUGUACGACUCGAGUCCGGCGAAGAGCUGUAUGCGGACAGCGUGGUAGUCAACGCCGACCUCGUCUAUGCCUACAAUAACUUGCUACCCCCUUCGUCAUAUUCACUCAGCUUGACCCGCCGGCCGGCAUCGUGCAGCAGCAUCUCGUUCUUUUGGUCCUUCGACAGGGUCAUUCCAGAGCUGCAGGUGCAUAAUGUGUUUCUCGCAAACGAAUAUCGAGAAAGCUUUGACGCAAUCUUCAAACGACAUUCACUCCCCGAGGAGCCUUCAUUUUAUGUAAAUGUGCCGAGUCGAAUCGACCCAUCUGCCGCACCAACCGGCAAAGAUGCGGUAGUAAUCUUGGUCCCCGUUGGACAUAUCAGCGAUGAUGCGUUGAACGCACAAGACUGGGACUCUCUCGUUACCUUCGCUCGUGAAUUCGUCCUCCAAACAAUCGAGUCACGCACCGGGGCUCGGGGUUUGCGUGAUUGUCUUCUGCAUGAGUCGGUGGAUACUCCAUUGACUUGGCGGUCCAAGUUCAAUCUCGAUCGCGGAGCUAUAUUGGGUCUAUCACAUUCGUUCUUCAAUGUGUUGAGUUUCCGACCAAAGAACAAACACCGCGAUAUCGGAGGGCUGUAUUUUGUCGGUGCCAGCACGCAUCCAGGAACAGGAGUGCCAGUGUGUUUGGCAAGCGGAAAGAUAGUCAGCGAGCAGAUCACACAGGACUGGAGCCGAACACCGCGGGCAUGGUGGAAGGUGGCUUGGGAUAUCUUGCGGGUUACGAUCUUAGUUAUGACCUUGUCAUUUUCCGCAUGGCUAUCUUUUCUGCCUCUUGACGGAAGAAGCGAAUUCUAACGGGAUUACCCGUGUGUGGUCUAAAUUGUUCGCAUUUUCAC